UGGUCUGGCUGGCCAGACGGAGAUGUAGAAUUCGAUGUUGACUGGGCCACAUUCUUUGCAUCGAAGGAGUUAGGGGUUCAUUGGAGUUACCGUUCACGUGGAAUUAAAGGAGGGUCAAUCGCUGCUUUGAACUGGCAAGAAGGAUUGACAACAGAGCGUAAAUGUCAAGGUGUCUUUGCUUGUGAUACUUGUAAGAUUAGGAAACUCCGAGCACCCACUCGUGACGACAAAAUCUCUGCAAUGAAAGUGAAUCCUCCUGUCUGCUCAGUAUGUGGAGGAUAUAUGGUCCAUUACAGUUGUGCAGUCAGAUCGAGGUUGUACAAGUGGCGAGAUGGAGUUCACUAUGUGAACGCAACCCCUUCUGCCCUUGCCUAUGGUGUAUCUGGUCCAGAUGGACGUCCAGAUGUUGCAGCACAUGAAAUCGCUCAACCUUUAAUCAACCCGGACCGUGUUGCAAAAGAGGCACGUAUUGUCCAAAAUGUUCUUCGGGGACAACAUGGUGCUUCCGGUGAAGCAUCUGAUUUUUUCCAAAAGUUAAAAGAUUUCAGAGCUGAACAUCCCGACUUCAUUCUCUGUGCGCAAGUUGACCCAGUCGGCAUCGUAUCAGUGGCAUCUCCAUGGAUGCGAGCCCGCUUUGGCACGGUCUUGUCAAUUGUCUCCGAUGCUGCUCAUGGAUUUUGGAAGAAACGUACCGAUCUUCUGAUCAUUAGCUCAGUAUACAAUGAACGCUUACGGUGCUGGACACCUGGGAUAUUCUCCUAUGCAGAUGGGGCCACUAGCGAGCAUUACCGUCGACACUUUCUCGCAGCUAAUCAAAUUGUAGUGGAGCAGUUGGAGCAGGCUAAAAUACUUUUAUCUGAUGAUAAACUUUUGACAAUCAUCGACUUUUCGCAAGCAGAACGAGAGGGAUGGAUCGAAGCCUUUGUUGACAUCUGGACUUCAAUCCCAAGUGACACUCGGACUCCAGAACAGCUUCGGGAAAGAGCUCAGGAAUUGUUGAAGGGAUGUCGGGAACACUAUCGUGCAUCUGUCUCCCGCAUUAAGAAGAUGAUCGGUGUUGUU